AUGGAUGGAACGAGGCAAUCUCGUAGACUUCUUGAAGAAAUCCUCCACAGAACAAGUGGAUCAUUAUUCAUUACUUACGACAUUGCUUCCGGUCUAUCGCAUCUCCAUAGCAAUAAAAUCGUUCAUGGUGAUCUGAAGGGCGUCAAUAUUCUGAUCACCCCGGACAAGAGAGCUUGUAUCGGCGAUUUCGGUUUGUCGCGAGUGGAUGAGACCUUAACUAGCGUCGGUUCAGUGGGCACAGUGAGGUGGAUUUCGCCAGAGCUGUUGUUGUCAAGUUCACAUUCUGCUUCAACUGCGAGUAGUGACGUUUAUGCUUAUGCCUGUGUGUGUUACGAGAUCUUUACUGGCAAGAUUCCGUUCCACGAACUUCCUCAACCUGCAGCCAUUUUCGCCAUUCUCGAAAAGAAACAUCCAUCAUGUCCUGACCAGUCCCCGACCAACUGCAUCUGA